UUUCUUUACACUAUCAACUCUGUUUUGAGACUUGCGGCGAAGGAGAAGGAGGAGGUAAUUGCUUUUGUCUUUUUAAAAAAGAAAUUGGCAUUUCUUAUAAAUUGCAUUCCUCUGUUUUCAGGAAUCCCUCCGGAUCAGCAGAGGUUGAUCUUCGCCGGUAAGCAGCUCGAAGAUGGUCGCACCUUGGCUGACUACAACAUCCAGAAAGAGUCGACUCUGCAUCUUGUCCUGAGACUUAGAGGAGGUAUCAUUGAGCCCUCUCUAAUGGCUUUGGCUCGUAAGUACAAUCAAGACAAGAUGGUCUGCCGCAAGUGCUAUGCUCGUCUGCACCCAAGGGCUGUCAACUGCAGGAAGAAGAAGUGUGGCCACAGCAACCAGUUGAGGCCGAAGAAGAAGACCAAAUGAUCUGUUUUAAUUUUCCCCCGAGAAGCUCAUUUAUUUAUGUUAUGUUUUUGUGUUUCUCUUGAAAGACAUCUCUAGUGUUUUAAGACAAACUCGUUUCAGUCAAAUUUUGAUGUUAAAAGACUAAA